AUGGUCGCAAAGCCACACGCCAAGUCUACCAAGAAGACUCUUCGCAAGAAGAAGGUGCAUCUCAAGUUCAACGUUGAGUGCAAAAACCCAGUCGAGGACGGUAUUCUCAGAAUCGAGGAUCUUGAAGCUUUCUUCAACGAGAAGAUCAAGGUCAACGGUAAGACCGGACAUUUGGCCGCCAACAGCGUCAAGGUUGAGGCCGGAAAAUCCAAAGUUUCCGUCAUCUCGGAGAUUCCAUUCUCGAAGAGAUACCUCAAGUACCUCACCAAGAAGUACCUCAAGAGAAACUCCCUCCGUGACUGGCUCCGUGUGGUUGCUAUCAACAAGAACACCUACGAGGUCAGAUACUUCCACAUCAACGACGGAGAGGACGCUGGAAGCGACCACGAGUAA